AUUUAUGUUAAAUGCAGAUUUUUAUUGCUCAGAUUCCAAAAUAUUGAUUUCUCAAAUGAUAAACUAAAAGAUGGGUUCAGUUAAAUUAAUUUCUAGGGUCCCCAGAGAAGAAAAUGGAAUUUAUAUAAAUGGGCACACCAAUGAAUCUGUUGGACACACCCAUGAAUCCAAUGGACAUACCCAUGAAUCCAGUGGACACACCCAUGAAUCCAAUGGACACACCCAUGAAUCCAGUGGACACAGCCAUGAAUCUAGUGGACACAUCCAUAAAUCUAAUGGACAUACCAAUGAAUCCAAUGGACACAAAAAUGAAGGUUUUGAUGUGGAGCUGAAUGACAUCAAACUGAACAAGAACAAGACGGAAGAAGAGGUUGAUUACUAUGGUAGCACAAAAUCCAAAGAAGAGGAAGCGAUGGAAGAGAAAAUGGAGAAGACAAGAAUGUCAAAUAAGGUGCAGUGCUACAGGAUGGCGAAGACUCUGUUGAUAAUCACCUCUUGGAUCAUCAAUGGCAUGCUACUGUCGAUCCGCUAUCCAACAAUGCCUGACCUGCGUGCCCGCCUUGGCGUGAACUAUGAGGAGCUCUCGAGGGCAUUGAUAGGACGUGAUGUAGGCUGGGCUGUGGGAUCCUUCAUUGCUGGCAUCACAUAUGACAAAUUCCAGAGCACUUGGGACUUGCAGCUAGCUGUGGGUUUCUUUAUUGAAGCCAUAGCUGUUGGCAUUAAACCAUGGUGUAAUGGUUUGGCUGUACUUGGUCUGUCCUACUGGGCCGAGGGUGUGUCACAUGGACUUUAUGGACUAGUUGGGAAUGCAAUGAUGAUUGCCUUAUGGGGAAAACA